UAGACUCUUUUCCCAGGAAUAGUAUUGGCAAUGAGGUUUCUACCUUACUGCAGAAGUAUUCUUUUGUGUCUUUACACCUGGCUCAUUGGAGCGCAUUUUCGCGCCUUCUCUUCUUCUAUAGCAGACCUCAAGAUUGAAGAGCAAGAUCAGGAACACGCGCCUAUAGACUUUAGUGUAAAGGAAUUUUGGGAGAAGAACCAAGUUCUACUAUCGGAAAAUACACUAGUAAUAUCGUUUCUUACAGAAGAAGAACAUGAGUAAUUCAAUAUACAUUAAUUAAGUUGUAUCAAAUCGUCGCGUU